AGAGGCAGAACCGUGAGGUUGCGGCCUGCGGUGGCCCCCGUGACCCUCGCUGCCCCGCGUCGAGCCCGGCGCGAGCACCUGCCGGCCCUGGAGCGGGUGCCAGGCAGGCCCUCCGGACGGCCGGGCGGCGCGUGCGGUUCCGGUCCAGGCCGUGCUCUCAGGAACAAGAUGACUGAGGCGGGAUAAGGAAGCAGAGGUCUCAGGGCCGGAGGUGCAGUUUACAGCCCUGAACAGAGGCCUUUCUCAGAGCGUCAGGACAGAGGGAAGGCUCAGAACAGCAGACUUCCCCAAAGCAGCAGAAAAUGAUCACGUCACAGAUCUCUUUUGAGGAUGUGGCUGUGGACUUCACGUUGGAGGAGUGGCGGCUACUAAAUCCUACCCAAAGGAACUUGUACCGAGACGUGAUGUUGGAGAACUACAGCAAUCUAGUGUUCCUGGGUCAUCAAAGCAUCAAACCUGAUGCCGUUUUCAAGCUGGAGCAAGAGCCCUGGAUAGUAAACGAAGAAAUAGUAAGUCACCACUUCUCAGAAGAACUCUGGAUAGAUCAUAAUCUCAGAAUGUGGCACCGAGAUAAUGGAGACAAGCUUAAAAGCAUGGAGAGAGGCCAUGAACAUGAUGUUUUGGGUAAAAUAUUUCAUUCAAGCAUUAACUUUGUUCAUUUAGGAAUGAGACUCCAUAAACGUGGCACCAGUGAAAAAAAUCUGAAUCACCCUCUUGAUUUUCUUCAUAAAAAUAAUCGUGGAGGAAGGAAACUUGAGCUCAACAAAAAACUGUUAUUCUAUAUGAAAACUGACAGAGCCCAUGGUGGAAUAAAAUACUGUGAUGGCAAUAAAUGUAGAAAGAGCAGCAGCAAAGAGUCAUGGCUCAUGACAAACCAUGUAACACACAGAGGAGUCUAUCUGUGCAUGGAAUGUGGCCGAGUUUUUAACAAGAAGUCACAGCUUGUUGUGCAUCAGAGAACUCACACAGGAGAGAAGCCCUAUGGGUGCAGCGAGUGUGGGAAGGCCUUCUCCCAGAAGUCCCUGCUCACUAUCCAUCAAAGGACACACUCGGGAGAAAAACCGUAUGGGUGUGGUGAAUGUCCAAAAGCUUUCAGUAGGAAGUCACUGCUCAUUUUACAUCAGAGAACACACACGGGGGAGAAGCCCUAUGGCUGCAAUGAGUGUGGGAAAGCCUUCGGCAGGAAGUCACAGCUGAAAAGACACCAGAGAACCCAUACAACAGAGAAGCCCUAUGAAUGCAGUGACUGCGGGAAAGCUUUCUCCCAGAACCUAAAGCUCAUUGCACAUCGGAGGAUGCACACCGGAGAGAAACCCUACACUUGCAGUGACUGUGGAAAAGCCUUCUUUUGGAAGUCUCAGCUCAUUACUCAUCAGAGGACUCACACAGGGAAGAAACCGUAUGCGUGUGGUGAGUGUAAAAAAGCCUUCAGCAGGAACUCACUCCUCAUUAGACAUCAGAGGAUUCACACAGGGGAGAAACCCUAUGAAUGCAGUGAAUGUGGUGAAGCCUUCAUCAGAAAACCACAACUUAUCAGACAUCAGGUAACUCACACAGGAGAGAAGAAUUACCAGUGCAGUGACUGUGAGGAAGCCUUCUUUAAGAAGUUAGAGCUGAUUCGACAUCAGAAGCUUCACUUAGGAGACAAGCCCUAUGCGUGUGUGGAAUGUGGGAAAACCUUCUUUGGGAAGUCACAGCUCCUUACACAUCAGAGAACUCACACUGGAGAGAAACCUUUUGAAUGCAGUGAAUGUGGGAAAGCCUUCACCCAGAAGUCCAGCCUGAUAUCCCAUCAGAGAACUCACACAGGUGAGAAGCCCUAUGAAUGCAGUGAAUGUGGGAAAACGUUCAGUGAGAAAUCAAGUCUCAUUCACCAUCAGAGAACCCAUACUGGAGAAAAACCCUUUGAAUGUAGUGAAUGUAGGAAAGCUUUUGCCUGGAAGCCGCAGCUUCUUAGGCACCAGAGAAUACAUACAGGGGAGAAACCCUAUUCAUGCAGCGAGUGUGGAAAAGCCUUUGUUCAGAAAGUGCAGCUCAUUAAACACCAGAGAAAUCACACAGGAGAGAAAGCCUAUGGAUGCAGUGAUUGUGCAAAAGCUUUCUUUGAGAAGGCACAGCUGAUCAUACAUCAGAGAAUUCAUACAGGAGAGAGACCCUAUAAAUGUGGUGAGUGUGGGAAGUCUUUCACUAGAAAGUCACAUCUUAUGAGGCAUCAAAGACUUCAUACAGGAGAUAAAUACUAUGGGUGCAAUGAAUGUGGGGCUACUUUCAACAGGAAGUCACAGCUCAUAAUCCACCAGAGAAAUCAUGUCAGGUAGAAGGCACAUGAGUGCAGUGAGCGUGGAAGGCCUGCUAGCAGACACUUUGCCUCCUGAUUUUUCUGAGGACACAGAGCACAGGAAUCCUAUCAAUGCAGUGACUGUUAGAAAAAGUUUUAUUGGAAAGGCAAGUGUCACUAAACAGAAUUCAGAAAGAGGACAUUUUUUGGUAGACAGUAUAAGAAAGCCUUCUCCCAGAAGACACAAUUUAUUACACAUUGAUAAGUUAUCUAUCAAUAUUGUGAUAGUACAGAACCUUUUGAUUAAAAGUGAAAGCUCAUUAAAUAGUUAGAAGACCUAAACAGGAGGAAAGCUGUGUAGUCACAGCAAGUGAAAGAUGGCAAGUGAGGAUAACUCUCAGUGUAGUAGAGAACGUGUGCGCAGGGGAAUACUGAGUAUUAGAGAUUUCAUAGGGAGGAGGAGUCCUAAUAAUCUGAGGACUUUGUAAGCAUGAUCCUAUUGAAAUAAUACUAUAAAGAGGUUGUGUUUGUUGCAUACAAAUUAUAUAAAAGACGGUCAUUUUUCAAUGGUAGGUGUGUUUUAAGUGUGAAGACUUCUUUCUGCCAUGGUGGUAGAGCAAGGAAUAGAUGAACUCUCUUGCCUUAAAUAGCUAUAAAAAACCUGUACAGUAUAUAUCAAAUAAUGGUUUUUAGACAUGACAAGCACAGGUUUGUGACCUGUGGUAGGAGGAGGACAAAGUGGUGGCAGUUUCCAGGCUGCAGUUCAGGGAAGGUAACAGACACCAUAGUGCUGAAUUGAGUAGAGCUGCUGAGUUGGCAUUUGGGGAAGCCACCAUAGCUAGAAUUUGCAAGGGGAAGUACUGGAAAAGAGGGAGCUUCUUAGGGAGAGGACUACAGAAAUCUGCAAGGCAUCCCCUGGAGUCUUUAGACUUAGUACCAAUUUGCAUAUCUGUGAAAAGAAACUUCCUGAAACCAGAUAAAGUAGGACAGAGAGAAGGAGGCUAAACAGUCCCUAGAAUUCAGUGCAGGGCUAGGAACAGUUCCCACCAGCCAGAGUGGGAACAAGUUUUAAUGCACGGCGCACCAUGCAGAAUCCCCAGCAGCCUGCUGCCUCAGUGGUGACAGUGACUAAUGCUAGAUUCAAAGCUACUCUGGGCCCACAGUGUCUGGCAUCCAAAAGCAUACUGGCAUGCAAAAUAGUAGGAAAAUGGGACUGGUAACAAGUAGCGAUCAGUAGAAAGAGACCUAGAAAAUACUGAAGCGAUUGGAAUUAGUACACAAAGAUGUUUGUAUAGCUAUUAUAUAGAGGAAAACAUGAAUCUGAUGAAACUUGAAGUCAGAGAUAUAUUUUUAAAGCCCAAAUGGUACUUCUCAGGAUGAGAAUAACAUCUUAAAAUUUAAACAUAAAUGGUGUAAUUAAUAACAGAUUAAACACAGAAACACAAAAAAUAAUGAGCUUGAAGAGUAAAAAACAAAAACUAUCCAAAUGAUGUACCCAGAGAGAAAAGACAGAGGGAAGAGAACGGGGAGUUGGCUACAGUGUGUAACAUACGAGUGACUGGAGUCCCAGGAGAGAAGAGAGAAGACACAAAAGAAAGUGUUUGAAUAAGUAAUAGCUGAAAAAAUUGCAUAUACAUGAAAAGUAUAUCUCCACAUAUUCAAGAAGUUCAGAAACACAAAACAGAAAAAAAUAAAAUAAAAUCAUGCAAUGACACCAUGUCAAUUGAAUGAAAACCUGUGUGAACAAUAGUUAAGAACUUGAAGGAAAAAGAAGGCAUGAAGGGUGACAGCAAACUUCUGGUCAGAAACUAUGCAAGGUACAAGACAGUGGAGUCACAUCUGUAUAUUACUGAGGGCACGAAAAAACCUACAGUAGAGUUCUAUUACCCAUCAAAGAUGAAAGCAAAAAAAGAAUUUUCAGAAAAACAAAAUCAAAGAGAAUUUAUAUCUGGCAGACCUGCCUUCAAGAAACAUUAAAACAAGGUUUUGGUCAGCAGAAAAAUAACAGUGGAAAUUUGGAUCUGCAGGAGGAAGGGAAGAGUUCUAGAAAUGGUGAAUAUAUGGGUAAAUAUAAAAGAUAUUUUUUUUAUUUUAAAAUCUUAAAAGGUAACAGCCCUGCCUUUGCUGGUGUGAUUCAAUGGAUUGUUGGCCUGUGAACAAAAAAGGUUGCCGGCUUGAUUCCAGUCAGAGCACAUGCCUGGGUUGUGGGCUGGGUCCCCAGUAGCGGGUGUAAGAGAGGCAACUGAUCAAUGUAUCUCCUGUGUGUCAAUGUUUCUCUCCCUCUUUCUCCCUUCCUCCCUCCCCCUCUAAAAAGAAAUAAAAUCUUUAAAAGUAAAUAAAUAAAAGGUAAUGGUCCUGCUUAUAGCCACAGCAAUGACAGUGUAUUUUAGGUUAUGAUCUACUUAGAAGUGACCACAAUGGUGUGUAAGUAGGAACCUUUAAAAGCAGCUGAAUAGACUGCAUUGCCUGAAUCAGAAACCUGUUUGCUCAAGGCUCAGUGUGACUUUGUAUUUGUAGCAGCUGCAUGAAGUUGUUCUAUGUGCUGUGGAUCUGUACAUGUGCUGACUGUUCUCUGUGUCUCCUAUCCAUUUUCUUGUCCGCUCUGUGUCCCAAGGGCUGUCCCCCAGGGACUGCUUGGCUAGGGUUUCUGCUUAGGUCGAACAUGGGAGGUACUUAUAUGAGAUGAGCCGGUGGGAGGCAGAGGCUGGAGUGUUUGCUUGUCUCUUCUGCUGGCGCACAGUUUGGCAGCAUCUCUCCCUGUGUCACUGCAGCUCCCAGUGGGAGCCUCAGCUUUAGUUUGGGACAUCCCUCUCCUUGCUCUUCAGACUUAAGGGUGAUCACUGCUUCUCGCUGCUUCACCUGGUCAGUUUCCUUAAUUCUGAACACGCUGUAAAUAGUCCCUUUAUCAAAUGUUCUUCAGCUAGUAUUCUGAGUACGUGUUUAAUGAUGAGCAUCAGUUACUAGUAUUUGUGUCUCACGGGGAACAGAUGGACAUCUAUCAAGAUUUUCCUCAUUAAAUAUCAAUAUUUUGUGUUUUAACAACUCAGUAAAAAUUACAACAAAUAUCAAAGUGUUUUUCGUUAUAAACAGAAAUGCUCAGAAGGUUGCCAUCUGCUACAUACGCAGGUGGUCUGGCCGCUGUUACCAUUCUUCAGUAAUAUCACCAAAAUAUUUAUAACAUCUCAUGCUACCUCUGGGUUAGCCAAACAACUUACAAGAAAGCAGUUAGUAUGUUAAUUAUGUAUGUAUAAGAAAAAAACGAUAACCUACCACUGAGUGAAGAAAGGAACGACGGACUGUACUUCCCAGUACUCAUUUUUAAAAACUGUGCUGUGCAAUUAAAAAUCCUCAUUCCAUAUUCUGCUGUUCUUAUUCUGUACAAUGCAUGCAGUCUGUAACCACAGACAAGAUUUUCAUUUCUGUAGUCACAGUUACUUUGGAGAACCUCCCCAAAGGCUCCACACCAGUUCCCAUCACAAACUAUGUCAGAACAUCACCAUUGCUCAGAUCAAACCCAACCUGCUGCCCUCACCACCUCGUGAAGCCCAGUGAGUGUGGGUGCAACAGAAGCCUGGCACCGAUAGCACCGUCCCGUCUGAGUCAGACACCUCUCAGCCAUCUCACCUGCCUCCUCUCACCAGCUCACAAGCCUCGUUGGAAGGGAGAGAACUGCCAUCCAGCUACACGCACAGUAGUGUCUUCCAGUUUGUUCUGCAUCUUAAUCUGCGUGUUGAAGGAGCUUCUCAUGCAGGUUUUCCAUUUUGUGUCAGUCUGGGAGGCACCAUUCACAACACUGUCUGGGUUAAUCCAAUUUGGUAUCACUCUGGCCCCGAGUUUAUGGGAUCAGCCAGCAAGUGAAACAAAAAUUCUGAGGCUUGGGCUUAGUUGGAAUAGUGUGGUGACAGCCCUCUGUGACCAUUUCGCUGUCAUGGUGCUGUGUGAUCUAUGCAUGAUAAUAAAGUGGUUCCCACCGUCAGGAUCCUUCCCACCCCCUUUACAACACAUGGUGAAGGGAAAAGCUAUUCUCACUCUCACUAUCUUAGGAAACUUUAUUUAUCUCAUGAUGUCUGUCUGCAACUUAGAAGCAGGCUGUGCAGCAGCUCAAAAGAAUGAAAUGCAACUGAAUUACCACUAAAAGUGCUUUCCCCUACAUUGGUGUUUCCUUCCAUCACCUUGUGGACCUUAAAUGUAGUCAGUUUGUCCUGAGGCCAAAUCUGUGGGUUUGGGGUGCCAUCUGAUCGUUCCUUCUCUUCUUUGUGGGGUCUUUGCAGUUUGGGUCAGUCAGUACUCACGGUAUCCAGGUACUGUUGGCAUCUUGUCACUGAGGCUUGCUUAUAGAAUUCUAAGAUUAAAUAAACACAGAGCAACAAAUUUACUUAAUACCUAAAUCAUUCUAUCUAGGUAUUUAUCAACAUGUAGAAUGUUAAAGGUGCUCAACAAAGAGAAGGUAGCUAUAAAAGCAGUCACUGCUGAGAUGAUAGGAAGAGAGAAAUGUAAGUGAGAAAUAUUGUCCGAGGCUUAAAAUAGUGUCCUCACAGCUUAGCUGUGCUAAGAGUAUAAUUUCCAAAAAAGUAGAGAAGAGGCACAGUGUGUAAGUGCAGCUGCAUGCAUGCUGUGCCUUCUGAAGACAAAGGUCUGGGUGGGACUGCAGACAGUUAACAGUUAGAAACGCCCCUUGGUAUUACCUAACUCAAGACUCAAACAGGUGGGCAGUGUCUUGCCAAGGAUCACUUAGUGGCAGGGGAAGUCCACAUUCCCAGGCCCAGUGCUCUGCCUAUAGGACACACAGUUGUCCUUGGCUUUCGUUUUGUCUGAGUGCCUUCCACCUCACUGGCACACACACAGCCAGGUCCCAGCUUUGAUCAGUGCUUGAGUGUGGGUGUUAAACUGCAUGUUGUUGCCUUGUUGAGAGGGUUUCUGAUGGAGGGAAUGAGAACUCACAAACUCUGGCAUUUGUGAAUGCAGUGGCAUCUUUCUGUGUGUGGGGUGGGGGUGCGUGUGCUACAUUCAGCUCUGUGCUCAGUGCUUUACUUUUUUUAAAGCUUUUAGCUCAGUACUAACUCUGAGGUGCUUUGAUACACCUCAAAGGUCACUCGGUCACUCGGCUACCAAGUAGCAGAGUUGGGUUUGAAUCCCAUCUCCCUAGAAGUGAGGCACUCUUUAUGAUACUACUAUUAAUUACUCUAGUCAUCCCUGUUUAAAAUGGCUAUUUUCUUCAAGUAGCUCAAAACUUACAUUUACAUUAUUUCACAGACUAAAGCCUGAAAGGACUGAGGGUCUGGAAAAGUCAGAAGCACAAGAGGCAUGUCUCAUUUGCAUUACUAAUUAUUUUACUACUGUGUAGUUUUUGACAGAUAAAGCUUUUUGGAUCUCCAGUUUCCCAAUCUGUAAAAUUAAAACAGGACCUUGGAGUGGUCUUACGGUGUCUGAUCCAUCCUGUUCUGGGCCCAUGAAUCACAGCCCACCUCUCCUUCCUGCGAGUGUGAUUGUCUGACCCACUGACCAAAGCCAUGUUCUGUCCUUCCGGACACAGGGAGUGCCCAGGUUCUGAGCAUGUGGCUCAAAUGUAUUCACCAAGACUGUAUAAAAUGAGUCCUGGAGAGCAGUGGCCUCCCUUUGGAUUUGAAAACUGGAAAGUGGGGCAGCACUUGGUCAUCCUCCCUACUUGUACAGGGACCCUAUCUUCAGGAUGAAGGGUUCCGAGACCUAAAAUGAAGCAGAGAGAAGCAGAAAAAUGAGUAUGCAGAAAAAAGUCCCGAUGAUGUCCUUUGAGGUAUGAUCUGUCCGUUUUUCAUGAUUGUCCAUUGACUAAAGAAUGUAUUCAACUAGCAGAUGUUUUCUUGUUUUUAUAUAAUGCUGGCUAUAGAACAAGACUUACUAUCAGUUAGAUAGGUCGAUGUUUUAAACAAAAUUGGUUGCAUGCGAAAUACAGUCUGAAUAGCACUGAGGAAGAGAACUCAGCACAUUCACUGCAUUGCUGAGGUUAGAUGGCGACUCCACCUGCGUCUUCCUUUCUUCAUGGCUGCAAUCCCAGUCGUCAUUGGCGCCAUUUGCCUUUCAGCAAUGGGAUUUUAUUUUUGCUUACAUCUUAACAAGUAUGUCCCCUAAUUUCAUUACCUGGUAUUUCCACAGAUAUAGGAAUUGAGAUUUUCUUUUUAAAGAUUUUAUUUAUUUACUUUUAGAGAGAGGGGAAUGGAGGGAGGAAAAGAGGGAGAGAAACAUCAGUUUGUGAGGGAUAUCAGUUGCCUCUCACAUGCCCCCAACCCAGGACCUGGCCCCAGCCCAGGCACGUGCCCUGACUGGGAAUUGAACCGGCAACCUUUCAGUUCACAGGCCGGCACUCAAUCCACUGAGCCACACCAGUCAGGGUUGGAAUUGGGGAGGUUUUUUAUGGGCUGCAGAAUAAGUUUUUAUAGGAAAAAACUAUAUUAUCACCUUUCCACCUAGUACUUUACUAACUGGUAAUCAUGCGUGCAGCCGGAGCUGUGGUCCUGACUCAGGGCUCGGGAGAAACCUGACUGCUGCUUUGAUUGCACCUUUUCCCCACGUUGGGAAAUUUCUUAUCUGCACACACAAAAUCCCCUCCAACUACCCUUAACCCGGCCCCUUCGCCAAGUGACAUGACGUGAACAUAAAAACUUUAUCUUCUUUCAGUGACUCACCAUUUAGUCACUACAUUUUAAAUUCAUUCAAUAAUUUCAUUGUUACAAUCAGUAGAAUGCCUUCCUUCACCCACAAAUUGUUUGUUUGUUUUUUUUGUGAGGCUGAGAAAUGGAUUAGAUAAGCAGGCUGAAGCUUAUUAAGCUUCCAAGAGCAAUGCCCAAAGCUACACUGCAGACCUGGCAGUUUGUAAAAGAAGGAAUUUUUUUUUAAUCACUUUUGGCCUACCACCAGGUUGCAGAAAAACUUAUCGCCACCAUAAGAUUACCAAUGAUACCACAAAGUGACAGAAAAGAAACCUGCAAGAAAAUUAUGGCCACUCACGUGGUCCCCCUGCAUCUUCAAAUGGAAGAUUCAGUUACAUACACUGAGUUAUUGAAUGAUUUGUGAGCAGAAACUUAAGAGUACUACACACAUACAUACAAUGGAUUAUUAGCUAUGAAAAAGAAUGAAAGCUUGCCAUUUGCAACAAUAUGGACAUAGAGAGUAUUAUACUAAGUGAACCAAGUCAGAGAAAAACAAAUACCAUACGAUUUCACUAAUACAUGGAAUCCAAAAAAACAUAAAUGCACUUCAAAGGUACAGAGAACUGAUUGGUGGUUGCCAGAGACAGGGUUUGGGGGAUGGUUGAAAUGGAUGGAAGGAGUUAAAAGGUAAAAAUUUCUGGUUAUAAAGUAAGUCAUGAGAAUGUAAUAUAUAGCAAAGUGAGUGUAGAUAACGAUACUGUAUUGCAUAAAGUUGGUAAGAGAAUAUAUCUUAAAUGUCCCUGUCAUAUGAAAAAAAUUAUAACUGUAUGGUGAUGAAUGUAACUAGACUUACUGUAGUGAUCCUUUUGGAACACAAAUAAAUACUGAAACAAUAUGUUGUAUACCUGAAACUAAUAAAAUGUUUCUUGUUGA